AGAGCGUUUGUUUUCGUUUUUGAAUUCUGCCGAAGAAGAUGGAUGUGGAGGAGAGAAUCUCGACGAAGAAGAAGAUGGAUUUGGAGGGAUUAUCAGUAAUCUGCAGCGAUCUGGGAGCUCCCGAGGAAGACGACGAUGGAAGAAGAAUUGGGUACUCGAAAAGUGAUUACUGUCUCGAUAAUUUAAAAGAUUUACUGAGAUUUCUAAGACGCGACGAUCCCGAGAGCAGAGAAGUUUUUAAACAAGUCUGUGCGUGGAAUAUAGUCGCUAAAGAUUUGAUUCCGAUCAUUGAGCAUUACCAAGAUGAACAUAACUUAGUUUUAAACUCAGUUAAAGUGUUGGUGUUUCUCACAAUGCCAAUAGAGCCUUCUUCAGAUGAUAUUCCUCAGCAGUUAGAGUAUUUAUGGGGAUUGAAAUCUGCGAUUACUUUUAGUAACAUUGUUGCAGUGAUUGUGUCUUUGCUUGAAGCUCCUCUCGAGAACUUAGAAUUAGAUGUAUUCAAUGAGGAAGAUUGGAAAUUGGUUCAGCUUGUGCUUACUUUAUUCAGGAAUUUACUUGCUAUUCAUGAUAUAUCUCCGAUUCAAAAGGCUGGAGAGUCUACUUGUUACUUUUUGUCACUGAGGGAUCAGUUUCUCGAAGUUCUGUCUCGUGAGAAUGUGAUGGACAUAAUUCUUGUGAUAACUCAGACUAUUGAGGGUUUUAAUAGUUUGUUGAGGCAUGAUAACUUACUUCUGCUUGAGAUUUAUCACUAUAUUCUCUUGGGUCAAGACAUGGAGCUCGUUGCAAAGGCUCCUGAGAAGUUGGAUCAAGGAAAAAAAGCUUCUGUAGAUAGUUUGAAGACAUUAAUGAAGGAGGAGGAAGUUAAAAGAAAGCUUGCAAGGCUCAAUAAUAUGAAUCAGCGUCAUUCACAAUUUGGUGGGACAUUCACCCGGGUUACCAUGGAUGGCACUAAAGCUGUACUAAAGGGAGUACCUUCUACUACGGAGAGCACAAUGCUAAAGCCUCAGCAAGGUCGUGGAGCCACAGAUAAGAUUGUCUGGGAGCAUGGACCAAUGUCUGUAACAAAUGACAAAGUUUUGAAGUUGCUGCAUGAUUUUAUCAAUCAGUUUAUGUCAGGAGGAUAUAAUGUUCUGAUGCAGUCAGUAUGUGAAGAUAUUGAAAAGGAGCAUCCUUCCAUUCAAAAUAGUGACAUUGUUACUUUCUUCCAAGUUGCUCAGUCCAUCACCUCUUUCCAGUUUCACAAGUCUUUGGCUUCUAAUCCAGCAACAGGAACAGAAGAAACUUAUGAACUCUCUACCAACCAGAAGGCUGGAGUAAACUUUUCCAAGAGUGACAUUUGUGCGCCGAUUGCAGCAACAAUUAAUGACAGAAUGUUUUUGCUUGUCAUUUCAAAAUGGCGCUGUGCAUUUGAUGGUCUGAAAGAAACUAAAGAUUUUAAGUUUCUAUAUGCAGCAGGCUCUCUAGUGAAAACCAUGCUUUGCUUAUUAGAUCUGGUAAUUAAAUUGCUACCUGAAGACUCUAGGGAAGCUUUUACUGUCCGCAUCUUGCUGUAUAAGUUGUUUUAUGACCAGACUGAUCAAGGGAUGUGUCAGUUCAUCCUGAAUCUGGUGAGAAGUUUUGACACGCACAAGCAACCUAAAAGUGAGCUUGGAGAUCUGGUGGAAAGCAUCCAUAUAAUAGUAGGCCUUAUGGAAAACCUUCAAGGGCGUGGAACUUUGAGGGUUUCAAAAAAAUCAAGGAAGGCAAGAAAGAGAAAAACAAUGGGAAAUAAGGAGGCCACAGUGCAUAAAGUGUCUGAAAAUCAUCCAAGUACUUCUAACGAAGCUAGCACAGCAAAAAGCAUACCGAUGGUUGAUUCAGCAAUUUCAACGGAGGAUGGACCAAUGGAUGUGCCUCCCAAUAAUCCAGGGGCAUCGAACCUAGAGACUGAAACUGAUGAAACUCAACAAACGCACACCCCGAAGUCAAAUAAUGUGGUCGAUGAUCUGUCUAGCUGCAGUGAUGAUUCUUCUGACGGCGAAGAGCAAACUGCAACAGAUGAAGUUGAUUUUAAGGUUUCCACAUUUAUUUCUGCUUUUGCAAGCAACAGCAUCAUUCAAAACCUAUGCUGGUUGCUAAAAUUUUACAAAAGCAACUCAAAACAGACGAAUCACCACGUAAUAAGCAUUUUACAGAGGAUAACAGAAGACUUGGAGCUCGCUCCCAUGUUGUAUCAGCUGUCAUUGCUAAUAACAUUCCAUAAGAUCCUUGAUGAGCAGAAAGCUUGUCCCUGCAAAGACUAUGAAAACAUAGUUACCUUCCUGACAGAUCUGGUUAGAAAUAUGUUGAAGAAAAUGAAGUCACAGCCUCUUCUCUUUGUGGAAAUUCUCUUCUCAAAGACUCGCAAAGAAUGUCAUUACAUAAAUGCUGAAUAUAUGUUGCAUGAGCUUGGCCAUCUAAGGAAACAAAUGGGUAAUCAAGAAAAGUUCUCAGGAACUGAGGAAUUUGGUACAUCAUCAGACAAAGGAUGGGCUCGCAGAAGCUUAGCAGAUGCUCUAGGUGAUGAUGAAGCUGAUGUCGUGAUUUCUUAUGAUCAAGGAUUUCAAAAUGAGGAUGAUGACAUGGUGGAAGAUAUAUCUGCAGGACCAUCUAAAAGAAAGCGAAGACUUGUUCUUGAUGGUGAUAUGGAGAUAAAAAUUAAAGACCUAUAUGACAGGUACAAAGAUGAUAAAAAUUGCAGCCGGCUUAUUGCUGAAAAUUUGGAUCCUGAUGGUGGAAUUUCUGCUGCACAAGUAACCAACAAGCUUAAACAGCUAGGUCUAGAAACAAGGAAAAGGCUUCGGCGUGGUGAUACUGAUCACCUGGAUGCAACAUCAUUUGCACAACCUUCAAACACCAGAAAGAGAGUGAGUUCCUUUAGCAAAGAACAAGAAGCUCUUAUUAAGGAACUAUACGAGAAGUUCAAGGACCAAAAGCGAUGUUGUUAUUUGAUUGCCAAUGAAUUGGGCUCUGAAAAUACAUAUACUAGUACACAGGUUUCACGUAAAUUAAAGCAACUUGGUCUCCGUCUUCCCCGUGGUAAAAAGUCUGACGCUGGCAUGAUGCUGAAAGAUGACCAUGAUGAUUCUUCAGCAGAUAAAUCCGACGAUGAAACAUUACUAGCCUUCAAGAACAGGAAGAGCAGGAAAAAUCAGAAGAACAAGCAGCACACAAGAUCAAGCAAUGAGAUCACUCCAGGAGAUUCUGAACACAAUACAGAAAGGAAUGAAACUAGUCAGCAUGUGCCUACCACUGGCGAAGAAAAGGACAAUGAUCAAAACUACAUCACCCGGGAAAGUAGAGAAUCCGAAACAGACGUUCACAUCAGCAACAAUGCUCCUUCUACUUCAUCUCCAGAAGAUCAAAAUCUUUCAUCAGAUCAUGAACUAGAGGAUGAUGAGUUAGCAGAUUCCGGUGAUGACUCUGCAGCUGGUGGUGCCUCCCUGACUCAAAGCCCGCUUAGUAGAAGGAAACUGAAGAUGGUGGUUGAUGAGGAUGACUGAAGAUAAGAGAAGUCUCGUCUUAGAUUGUUUCAGGUAACAUCUCACAGUAAAAACAAAUCCAUAGAACCAACCUUUUCUGUUGAAUCUAAUGUAUAGAAUAUUAAAAAAGAACAUAACAG